AACAUAGAGACUGUCUUUGGUAGGUUUGAACUGCGAGAGGUAGAUAUAAUCAUCCCCCUAACCCCAAUGAAACCAAUUAGGUCUGUGAUUGAAUGGAAGUCACUACAGAAUAGCAGUGAGUUUGUGUCAUUACUGGCAUCCAGUGGGGACUUGUUGCUAUGUUUAUUUGGCCUACAGGCCUGUUCCCGGAAAGCUACAGUACCAUGACCCAAUCAGGUGCGGCACUGGUGGUGAAACACGUGCAAUGUGCCCUCAAACCAUGUUCUAUUGAGCUGCUGAUGUUUAUUUUGUAUUGUAACUGUGUGUAGUGACCUUCAUUUACUCAGUCUGUAGCCCUGCACCUCCCUGCAUGCACAUGCUCCACCUCGUCAGCAUGUAGCAUUAUCACUUAAUGACUGACGGAAGUUUAAUCAAGCACUAUUCCACAGCUCAUUACUAAAGAAGGAGCGUCGUACAUCACUCACCACAUUUAGAAGAAAUAAGAGGUAAAUAUGCAUGAAAAGACUUAAAAGAAUACAGACGAUCUGUAGAAUCUCGUCUUUCUACAGAACAUAUCUUUGGCAGCCGGAAGCAUCCCGCUGCUCCUUCUAUAACAAGAAAGAAGACAUGUGGGAACAUGGCAGGGAAGUUCUCACUCCUUCUUACUUGACAUUAAUGGCUGACACGGGCUGUUAGUGCCAGCAGCAUAGCAAGCACUGCCAUGGUUACCUGUGUGGAAACCAAGUCAUUAGGGACUCUGACUUCUCCCAUCCCACAUCUCUUACCCCGGCGUAAUAAACAUGUUUACUGACACCACCAAAGAACGAGUAAACUGACAACUUAUCUAUUCUACAAAGAUUAAAGUGAGGCCUGAGCUCCCCUUGUGAAAAGCAUGCGACCCAAAGGCUUUUCUCUUGCCUCAGCUUGUCAUGCUGCCAUACGUCAUGGCAAUGCAAGGUAUCGAAUUGUCUGAAUAUUGUAAUUAUUCUUUCAAAAACUGAUGUAAUUUUACCACACUGGGAAAAUGUGACUAUAAUGUUUUCAUAAAUGCGAUACCUACCUGCUGGCUGUGGUGAUUAUGUGGUCCAUCAGGGACUGAUGGGGAUGGGGAGGGUGGGGAGGAGGAAGACAGAGCAACAGAGAAUUUAGUCUUUGAGUACACCCUGAACAGUCAGUUAGCAUCAUCUCAAAGAGGAGCAUGUACGCACAAUGUGGUCGGUAGAUACAUGGUUGGGAUUUUGAUCUGUGGAAAAUGAGUUGGAUGCUCUCCGUCUGGGUGGCGACGGCCCUGCUGUCUCUCUGUAGGGGACGAAACACUGUGCAUGAAGGGAAUAGCCUGUCUGAGUCUGGCUACCAUCUAUGUGUUCACAAUGAGACACGGAAUGUGAGUUUCCUGGUGAUGCACACGGUCCCCUACGCUGUGACAAAGCCUUGCGGUGGCUGGCUCCUCUGGAAGACAUGUACGGUCACACUGUACAGGACGACCUAUCAGACUGAGCACAAGACAUUGAUGGAGCAGGUGACCGGAUGCUGCAGUGGAUAUGAACAAGUCGGCCGUUACUGCGCCCGGCCUGUAAACAGGAGUGAUGAGCUUACUGCCAAGCCAGGAUCCUGUCCAACUGCAGAUGGAUUGUGUCCCAGAUCUGAGGACUGCGAGUGGGACAUGGACUGUCCAGGCUGGCAGAAAUGCUGCCACCAAUCGGGGAGCUUUCUCUGCACGGAUCCUACAAGCUCGGCAAAUUAUUCUGAAAAUGGAGGAUACCGAUUUAAUGCAACAGUGACAGUGAAGACAGAUUACCAGCAACUGAUUUCCAGCGAAAGAGGAAUUCUGAAUCACACGCGAUUGUUGCAAGCAAUGGUGACUGGAGCUCUGCAGUCUGAUGUUUCCGUUUAUUACCUCAGCUCACAGCCCGUGCAUCCCUACAGAACCGCCACCUCGCUGCUGAUUGACUGCAGCUUUGCUCUUUCACUGCACAGUGUAACGUCAAAGCUGCACCAUCUCCUCAAACACAUACAGGAGGUGACAUCUGUAAGCGUGGAAGAUGUAAAUGAGUGUGCACAGUCUGCUCUCCGUCAGUGCUCCCUUCAUGCAGACUGUAACAACACAGUGGGCUCCUACCGUUGUGCAUGCCACCAGGGAUUUAUUGAUGUGAACCCCAGGAACCCUGGAGCCCACUGCACAGAUUUUAAUGAAUGUGCUUCAGAGGAAAAUGACUGUUCCCAGUGGGCUACAUGUACAAACACCUGGGCCUCCUACACAUGUGUUUGCCUGGAUGGAUUUAUUGACAACAACCCAGAAAGGCCUGGACGAGCCUGUCAAGCUGACUUCAGGGUGACGACCACCACAGAGCUCCCGCUUACCUCCCUUACACCCACAAACACACCCUACACCCCGGCCUCCAACAGCACAAAAGAAGACCCUCUGAGCAUGACGUCAACUGUAGAGCCACCUCUGCCGACAACCGCAUGCUCUCAUACCAGCAUCACCAGCGUGUGGUCGGCUAACGUCACUGGACCCUCCUUCCGCGUCUACUGGUCGAGUCGGUUUCAGAUGAACCAGACAUACCAGGUUGUUCUGAGGAGAAGGUCAAAGGUCAUUCAGUCUUGGAUGACCAGCCAGGCCAUGGUGGAGGUCAGGGACCUGCAGCCAGGGGUACUCUACAACGUUACUGUCACGCCAUGUUCCUGCGGAAGCCAAGGAGUCUCCCUCGGUAUAUCGGUCAAGACUGAUGCUCAGACUCUCGACGCCACAGCGCGACUCACCAACAUCCAGUUCACUGCUGAUCUGCACAACACCAGCAGCCAGGCCUACGAAAACCUCACUGAGAGCAUCAAAGAGGAGAUAUACCGGUCUCUGUCUCCAGAGAUGAAGGCCAUGGUGGAUUACGGCCAGUUGAGGAUUGACAUCAGAAGCUUUUCCCUGGGGAGUGUGGUGGUCAACUUCACCAUCGUCUUCGCCCCCAGUCAAAGCCAGGACAUCGGUAAUGUUUCCACAGCUCUGCUGCACUCCCUGAUGAACAGCACCAAAUACAGGGUGGAUAAAAACAACACAAGCACAAAUGAUUUUAAUGAAUGUGCUUCAGAGGAAAAUGACUGUUCCCAGUGGGCUACAUGUACAAACACCUGGGCCUCCUACACAUGUGUUUGCCUGGAUGGAUUUAUUGACAACAACCCAGAAAGGCCUGGACGAGCCUGUCAAGAAAUUGCAACAACCACCACUGCCCCAACAACUAACAUUACUGCCCCAACAACCACCACUGUCCCAACAGCCAACAAUACUACGACCAACAAUCCUGCCCCUAAAAUCACCCCUACUGCCCAGACAACAAUCAUUACUGCCCCUACAAUCACCACCACUGCCCCAACAACAAACAAUAUUGAAAUCACCCCUACUGCCCCAAGAACCAACAUUACUGCCCUCGCAAUCACCACUACUACUCCUGUAACAUUUACUGCCCUAACAACCGCCACUACAACCACAGCCACGACAAUGAUAUCUAUGACUUCUACCCCUACAACCACCAUUGCCAGCCCCACUACCACCAUUACAGCUCCUGCGACCACCGCUACUCCCCUGAGAGCUGCCACCAAUGUCUCUAUGCUGGGGGCCAUCUCAGUCCAGUGCAGGGUUACUGCAAUCACCCUGACAGUUACCAAGGAUUUUCUCCUGAGCAACAAGAUCAGGGAGCACACUCUAUACUUGGGAUUGCCGGAAUGUGGCGUCAAUGGAGGCAACGCCACCCACGCCCAGCUGACUGUGGCCUGGAAUGAGUGUGGUACCAGUCUCGUGCAUAAUGAAACAUACUACACAGCAUCUGUAACCCUGUUCAACACCAUGGAAAUGUACACGUCAGACAGCGGGAAAGUGGAGGUACCCAGAAUACGGCUGGAGGCUCCCAUCCUGUGUACCUACAUGAAGAGCACUCUCAUCUCUGCUGACUUUGGCUCCAUGGGGUAUGACAUGAUCGGAGAUUUCAUAACGGGCUCGGGGUCGUUCCAGGUGACAGUGCAGCUGAUGAACGGUACAAUGCCUCUACCCAACAACCACAGCUUGUCCUCUGACGAGGCUGUGGUGGUGGAGGUCAGCCUCAACUCCUCUUCAGAGCAGAUUAAAGUAGUCAUCAACAAAUGCUGGGCCACUCCCACUCAAAACCCUGCAGACGCCUACAGCCUCACCUUCCUGGAGAACAGCUGUUCCCUGAACACAUACACCAAGGUGUUGAUGAACGGCAACUCUAGCACAGCACGCGUGUCUGUGAAGAUUUUCUCCAUCGUCGACCUGGAUGUGAUCUAUCUGCACUGCCUGGUCCAGAUCUGUGUGGAGAUUGGAUCAGAUACCUGUGUGCCUGACUGUCUGCAAAGAACAGUUCGGUCUUCAAAAACGAUUGGAACAGCUGUUGGUUCUUCCGGGUCUCUGCUGCAGUCAUAUGACGAGUCCUUGGAGGAGGGAUUUACCACUCUCUAUAUAGUCGGCCUCUCCUGUCUUGGAAUCGGCCUGACGCUCUUCUUCAUCAUUUUUUUCGUCUGCAUUUUCUACUUCCAAAGGAACCGCAUUGGACACUACAACUUCAGCAUCAAACCCAAGCAGGAGAACUUCACCUACCUUGUCUUUAACACCUGAAGGUGCAGCAGCACCCACAACCAAAAUUUCAGAAUUAGCAGAUUUAGUAGGUCAGUACAGCACAGCUGCCACUGGGUGGAGCUGUUGCACCAUUCACAUAUUAGCUCUGAUGCAACAUUGCAAGUCUUUGCACAUUAAACAGUGAACGGAAUACAGAUUAUUUAUAUUUUACGCCCCCUAAACAUAUAUUUAAGAUGUUUAAAUGGUAGAGUAGUUGCAUCCUGAAAUGUCAUAUAUAUAUAUAGAAUAUAAAUAUUUCAUGAAUAUUUCACAUUAAAGAAUACAUAUGUGUGACUUUCUACGCAUUUUAAAAGGUAAAAGUUUCUUGAGCGUUCACAGAAGCAAGAGACAUGAUGGUACUAGAUGGAAAAUAUAAAUUCAGAUUCAUAAACUGUAAUGUAAUGAUUGCACUAAACUAGAGUGUGUUGCUUAUCUUUUGUCUAAAUAAUCAUGUUCAUGUUUAAUACUCAAGCACAGUCAUCACUUUAUUGUCUUUUAGCUGCUACUUUUCUACAUUUACACAUAUUGUAUUUGUACUGCUUGUUACACAUCUGAAAUAUUCAUUGUGUACCAGCUCUUCUCUUGUGCUGUAAGCGGUGUAACAAUAAACUCGAGUCCUGUAUGAA